AUGUCAAGUGUUCAACCCCUGGCCAUUGCAACAUUUGUUGGUGGGCUGGAGACUGCUGCCCAACUCACUCCCUACAAAAACUUCAUUCAAUGGAGUGGCAAAGCAACAGGACCAGGGGCAGAAAUGUUCCUCAUCAAUGGUAAUCACCAUGUUACACUCAUUCAAACUUUGUAUGAAAAGGACAUUGUUCACUGCCAAGAUGCAAUUGUGAUGAUUCAUGAGGGGCAGAAUGAAAGGCAGAAAGGUGAUGCUGCAAAGGAAUUGGAGAAGAUCAAUGAAAAAUUGAGCCAGAAAGCUGUGUGGCUUGUUGAAUUUUUUGAUCUCAAUACUUUCUUGCCUCCCCCAUUCAAAUGGAGGACUGGCAGACUGCUUGUCAUCAAAUUUUGGGUUGCCAUGUGCCUGCAGAGGUGGCAGAUUGGUUAUUUCCACUCUGCCAGUAUCCCAUCACAGGCCAGUGUGGAGCAAAUCGAGCAUGGACAUGCAUCAUAA